GGGUCAAAGGUAUAUGGCAUGGUGAUUACAGCGACUGAUUUACCCCGUUCCGGACGAGUCGAUUCUAUUCAGAAGGGAGGCUGCAUGAAGCGCGCGGCAUCUACCAUUGAAGUAAAAAAAGUGAAGAUGAGACGCCCCGUGUUGGUGGUGUUCCUGCCUGUAGCGGCCUUCAUACUCCACCUAGCGGCGUAUUUCGUGCCAGUGUGGUUCACCUUCCGCCUGCCAGCUAUGCACAAGGACAUCGGGCUGUGGUUCGGCCGCUCCUGCUAUCGCGGCAAGUGCCACACCCUGGGCUAUACAGAUGUUGAACUUUUGUUUGACCUACCCGUGUGGUUCGACGUCGUCCGUUGCCUAGAAACGGUUGCUGUGGUCGUGGGCUUCACCGUCAUAGCGUGCUCGGCUACACUGGCAGUCUGCUCUCGAGAGUACGACGUCUUCAGACGCACGUCACAGUUGAUGUUUUGUGUGGCGUCAUUCAUGACAGGUGUUGCAGCCCUGCUGGCCGUGAUCAUCUUCUACGCGGAGUCCAACAUGGAUCUGCUGGUGUGGGGGCCGUCCCUGUCGCUGCUGGCGGCGUCUAUCUCCAUCGCUGACGGCACCGCUGUCGGCUACCACAUCUACCGCUACGGCUAUGAGGGGUGGUAAGGUCUAGGACGUCGUCAACGUCUGACUGCAUCAUCUCCAACAGUGGCACCGCAUGAACGACGCCGACUAUCUCACCUUCCUGGUUUUCAAUACCAACCCAAAUUUUGUGACACAAAUAAAAAGUAUUAUGACAGAAAGUGUCAGGUUGUCAAGUGCGUAUCGAAGACGUAUCGUGUAAAUAACUUAAAUGCAGACAUUUUCGAAAAAGUGAUUGUUUUUUGGUUGUUGUGCGACUAACCUGAGACCGGAUGUAAAACAUGUUGUUAUCUUUAAGGGGCAAAUAAAUGAUUUUUUUUUACAAAAAUGCGAAUACCACCUGGUAAAAAACUAAGUAUUGAGUGCACAACAUCUCAAUUCUAGGGCAGGGCCUGAAAUAUUUUGUGUGAAAAAAGGAUAUUGUUCGUAUGUGAUUUCGGACAAAUUCUGUGAUAGUCCUCAGCUUGUGUAAAUGAGUUAGAAGACUCUAAAUACGAUAUUUUUACUUUCGCAAGUAACAACAAUCUUAAAAGAGCGUGUGUUACUUUAGAGAGACACUGGAUAUAUUUUCCUAUAUAUUUGAUAACUCAAAGUGCAAUAAAAUAUAUUUCUCGUGUUUGUUUGUACGCGUUGUUAUUGAGA